AUGCUGAAGGUUCCGAUGCGUGGAAAGCCCACUGGUGCCCAGGGGGUUACCAAGGCUGUUAUCUUGGUUGGAGGCCCGUCGCGUGGCACUCGAUUCAGACCGCUAAGUCUCGAUGUCCCCAAGCCUCUCUUCGAUGUGGCCGGUCACCCUAUCAUCUGGCACUGCCUGCAAGCCGUGUCCAAAGUCCCAGACAUCAAAGAGGUCAUCCUAAUCGGCUACUAUGACGAGAGUGUCUUCCGUGACUUUAUCAAAGACUCGUCCAAAGAGUUCCCCCAGAUCAAGAUUCAGUAUCUGCGAGAGUAUCAGGCCCUCGGCACUGCCGGCGGUCUUUAUCACUUCCGGGAUGCCAUUCUCAAGGGAAAGCCUGACCGAUUCUUCGUGUUGAACUCGGACGUCUGCUGCUCUUUCCCGCUCGAGGCCAUGCUCAAGCUCUUCGAGGAGAAGGACGCCGACGCCGUCAUCUUGGGCACCCGAGUCAGCAACGAGGCGGCCACCAACUUCGGCUGCAUCGUGUCGGAUUCGCACUCGAAACGUGUUCUGCACUACGUCGAGAAGCCCGAAGGCCACAUUUCCAAUUUGAUCAACUGCGGCGUCUACCUCUUUGCCACCGAAUGCAUCUUCCCAUCCAUCAAGAGCGCCAUCAAACGCAAGACCGAGCGCCCGCGAGUGAUUUCGUAUCCUUCGUCAGAGAAUAUCGAGACUUCCUUCGUGGCCGACCUGGAGGAGGACGGAGAGAAGAAAGAAGUGCUGCGUCUCGAACAAGACAUCUUGUCCGAUCUCGCCGACAGCAACCGCUUCUACGUGCACGAGACCAAGGACUUCUGGCGCCAAAUCAAGACCGCAGGUUCGGCUGUCCCGGCCAACGCACUGUACUUGCAAAAGGCCUUCCAGUCUCAAUCGGAGGAGAUCGCCAAACCGUCCGCCACCAUCCUCCCCCCAGUCUUCAUCCACCCUACCGCCACCGUCGACCCUACCGCCAAGCUGGGCCCGAAUGUCUCCAUUGGACCCAAAGCCAUCAUUGGUCCGGGUGUUCGUGUCAAGGACGCCAUUGUCCUAGAGGAGGCGGAGAUCAAGCAUGACGCCUGUGUCCUCUAUGCUAUCAUCGGUUGGAACAGUCGCGUUGGAGCUUGGGCCAGAGUCGAGGGGACGCCCACUCCCGUCAGUAGCCAUACCACCAGCAUCAUCAAGAACGGUGUCAAGGUUCAGAGCAUCACCAUUCUCGGCAAGGAAUGUGCUGUGGGCGACGAGGUGAGGGUCCAGAACUGUAUCUGCCUGCCGUACAAGGAAUUGAAGCGUGACGUUUCCAACGAGGUCAUUAUGUGA